CGUAGAGGCAGACAAGAUGGCGGCGGCGGCUGCACAGGGCGGGAGAACUGGAGGUGGCGGAGGCAGUAGUGGGGCUGGCGGUGGCUCAAGCUGUGCGACAGGCAGUAGCCGCAGCGGGUUGUUGGAUAAGUGGAAGAUUGAUGAUAAGCCUGUGAAAAUUGACAAAUGGGAUGGAUCAGCUGUGAAAAAUUCUUUGGAUGAUUCUGCCAAGAAGGUACUUCUGGAAAAGUACAAGUAUGUGGAGAAUUUUGGUCUCAUUGACGGUCGCCUCACCAUCUGUACCAUCUCCUGUUUCUUUGCCAUAGUGGCUUUGAUUUGGGAUUAUAUGCACCCCUUUCCAGAGUCCAAGCCUGUUUUGGCUUUGUGUGUCAUAUCCUAUUUCGUGAUGAUGGGGAUCCUGACCAUUUAUACCUCAUAUAAGGAGAAGAGCAUCUUUCUUGUGGCCCACAGGAAAGAUCCUACAGGAAUGGAUCCUGAUGAUAUUUGGCAGCUGUCCUCCAGUCUCAAGAGGUUCGAUGACAAAUACACUCUGAAGCUGACCUUCAUCAGUGGGAGAACAAAACAGCAGCGGGAAGCCGAGUUCACCAAGUCCAUUGCUAAGUUUUUUGACCACAGCGGGACACUGGUCAUGGAUGCAUAUGAGCCUGAAAUAUCAAGGCUCCAUGACAGUCUCGCCACAGAAAGAAAAAUAAAGUAGCCAAUUCUAAAAGCAGCCAUCUAUCUGCAGGAUCAUGCGGAAUUACUGAGUGAGGGGAAAAGAAACAGAGAACUUAAAAUGGAUAAAGUAAGAGAUGUUCAAAAUGUCCCUGUUUUGUCUUGAAAUUUUAGUCCAAUCUGGAUAAAUAGGAUUUUCCAGCUCAGAUAUGAGAAGUUGUAGCUCUGAUACCUAGCGGUAGCCUCCUUAGUCUGCUGAUUGCAUUGUUUUGAUUUGCUUUUCUGGGAAAGCAUUUUUGCUAAAAGCUGUACAGACUUCCUCCUUCGUACCUAGCAGUACUUUAUAAUAGUAUAGCUUUGUGCCAUGCAGCAUUUGAAAACUCAGUUUUUAAAAUUAACCUGUUACUGACUUUAUUGUGUUAAUUCCUGUUUCAACAGCUGUUUCCCUUAAUUCAGGAUACAACUUCUUGUGUACAACUUUACUUCACACACCAUUUUUGUGGGUGUGUAUAUAUCUGACUUGGUGAGAAUUGGGAACAAAAAAACACAGCUUUUUAAUUUGUUUAAAACAGACCUUCUGCCUGUUACAUUUUGUGCUCUUAACCAAUUAAAGAAGCCAAUGACA